AUACAAAGAGACAAGAAAUAGUGAAAGUUGGUAAUAAGUUAUCAGAGGUGUUUUGGACCAAAGAGGGAGUUCGUCAGGGGUGCCCACUGAGCCCAACACUGUUUACGAUUUUAAUUUCAGAUCUAGAAGACGAGCUAAAAAAAGGUCAAACAGGUGGAGUUAUUGUUGCCAAAGAAAAAUUUUGGAGCUUAGCAUACACAGACGAUAUAGCAAUAUUGGCAACAUCUGAGGGAGAAUUGAAAGAGUUAAUGAAGAGACUGGAGAGGUAUUUGGAAAAGAAGAAGUUGGUCCUUAAUGAAGAGAAAUCCAAAGUCAUGGUGUUCAAAAAAGGUGAAGGAAGAAAAAAGAAGAUAGACUGGCUUUGGAAAGGAUUCCACAUAGAGGAGGUUAAAGAAUUUACAUACUUGGGUUAUCAUUUCGUAAGUAGUGGAAAGAAAAGGGAGCAUAUUAAGAAUCUGGUCAAAAAAGCAAAUAUUGCAAUGAGACACACCUGGGGGUUGGGUGAAGAGAUAUUUAAAAAUAAUUUUGAAAGAAGGGCUAAGAUAUUUGACAGUCUGGUAGGAGGAGUUAUGUCUUAUGGUGCGGAAAUAUGGGGGUGGGUGGAGAUUCCAGAUCUGGAAAAAGUCCAGAAGAAAUACUUCAAAUGGGCACUAGGAGUAGAGAGUUGUACCCCAGAUGCUAUUCUAUACGGGGAGAUAAAUAGAGAGAAAAUGCACCUUAAAUUCGCUAAGAGAGCAAUAAAUUAUGAAGAAAGAAUCCUGAAGUCCAGAGAGAAUGGAAUAAUAAGAGAAUGCAUAAAAGAAAGAAGAAAAGGUAAAGGUGAUAAGGAAAGGCUGAAAGAAAGGCAGAAUUUUCUGCACAACUUGAUGAGCAUCCGCUCUCGAGAAUGCGGCCAUAAUAAAUUAAUCUUGCGUUGGUCACACUGCAAGAAAAUCCCGCAAAACUACUAACAAACCUAUAAAACUUUAUACAGUGGAAAAAUAAACGCUUUAUUAAAUUAUAAACAUUAAAGAACAGAAAAAAAAGCAUUUUCCAUUAUUAUUUCAAGAUUGUAGAUAUAUAAUCAGCUGUCCAUUAUAAACAUUUAUAAUAACAUCAGCUGUUAUUAUAAAAGAUAGCGAAUUUUAUAUUUCAUGAAAGAUUAGUAGUCCAGAACCUGAUAGACACUAUAAGUCAAGAUGAGUGAAGAAAUCGUCCAAUCAUUUAAAAAAAUGUCCUUAAAAAUAAUAAAUAUUGAUGUGAAAAAUAAAUGGGUUAAUCCUAAAUAUCUCAAUAUAAAUUGCUGUCCAGACGUUGUCUUUACCAUGUCCGUUCAACGAACUGCUAACGACACAUUUGACGUUAAAGUUACCAAAUAUUUCCGUUAACCAGCGAG